UCGUCUUAACCCUAGCGCCGGCCGCCGCCAUCCCGCCCCCGUCAGGUUGUCUCGCAGCCGCGCCGCCUCCUCUCUCUCUUCUCGGCCAUCUACCCGCCGUUUCCCCGUCGUUCCCGGCGCCCCCGACUGCCUCCAUCUGCACCUGGUGUGCCCAACGGGGCCAGGCUCCUCGCGAGAAGUUAGCGCGCGGAGUGCGGCGCUGGAGCCACAUCGUGCACGAAGCCGUGUGACUUCCGAACAGGGCGUCUCGCGGUUGCGUCUCCGCUCCUCCCGGCCGCGCUCGCGUCUCUCCUCCGCCGCUCCUCCCCGCACAGCUCACCUUGCGGCCGUCGCGGUGAGCCUCCGCCUCAUGCUAUGGCGCGGCUGCCGCUGUCACCAUCUCCACCGGCUUUCACCCCGGUCAAGGAAGAGCCCGACGUCGACACCACCUCUGCCGCUCGCACUACGCGCCCACCGCCCCGCAAGAAGCGCCGCCGGGACCACCUUCCGGUAACCCCAACCCAGCCGCUGCUCACGCCCCAAACUAUUCUGUCCGGGAUUUCGAAAGCCGAUUCCUUCGAUGUCAAGCGAUGCGGGGAGCUGGACCUAACGCCGACGACCGUGCCCACCUCCAUAAAGCACGAGCCUGACGCCGACGACGGGGCUGGCAAGGAUGCAGGAUGGGAAACAUUGGGCGCACCACCGCACAAGAAGCGCGGCCGUCACUGCCUGUCGGCAACCCCAAUCCAGCCCCUUUUCACGCCCCAAGCUACCCUGCCGGGCAUUUCAAGGGCUGAUUCCUCUGUGGAUAAGUGGAGCGAGCAGCCCAGCGCCACGCCGACUGCCACUGUCAAGCGCGAGCUCGGCGCAGACGCUGGCAAGGAUGCAGGAGGGAAGGUGGUCCGGAGACGACGCCCCCACCCUCAGCGGCCCAUUACAGAGCAAGCCCCCACCAUGUGGGCCAAUCGUGGACGCCUCGGCCGUCUCCUCCGCAAUCUAGUUCGCACGCACCAAUGGCGAGAUGCUGCCGGGGUCUUCUCUGUGCUCCUACCUGGCAUCCAGCGCCCUGACUCCUUCGAGGAGGCCCGCAGCAUUUUAGUGGAUGCGAUGGAUAUUCAUAGACGCCUUGCUCAGGACAGUGGCAACCAUGGCAGGAGAACCUACUACCACAGGACACAAAAGGUUUUUGAUGUUUGGAUACAACGGCUAAUGUGGUUGCCUACUUGUGCAAAAAAACACAUGGUUAAACUCGAACUGGCUCUAUUUUAUCUUUCACAAGGCAAGAUCGACGAUGCACACAAUGCAACAAGAGUGUGAGUUACCAGCACAGUC